ACUCUUGGUGCCUCAAGCAGUCUCAGGGGGCAGGCUUUUCACUGCUGCUACUUAGCCUACUGCCUGAAGUUGUUCCAUGGUAGUAUUCAUUUAGUAGCCAGCAUGUCCUACAGUGAUGAGAUAACCAGAGCUGCUGAUUACAACGAAAACCACCAAGACCAUGCCAAAAACGCAGAGAGCAGUCCGGUGGCCUCAGUGCGAGGGUCCAUGACACAUCUGAGGAAGGAUAGGGACACGCACACCAAGGAUGGAGAUCGGAAAAGGAGCAUUGGAGAGGUUUUAGCCAAUGCAUCACUGGCUCCAGCACAGUCACUUUGGACCACAGAAGCCAGUGGUUAUGUCCAGCUGAGGAUUGAUGAGACCUGUCCUGAGGAACCCAUCACGGUCCACCAGAUGUUCAAGGCUUCUGUGGAGAAGUAUGGUGACUUGUCUGCCUUGGCCACCAAGAAAAAGGACAGAUGGGAAAAGAUGACUUUUGCAGAAUACUAUCACACCUGCCGGACAGUUGCCAAGAGUUUUUUAAAGCUUGGUUUGGAGCGCUUUCACACUGUGGCUAUCCUGGGAUUCAAUUCGGCAGAGUGGUUCUUUUCUGCCAUUGGCGCCAUAUUUGCAGGAGGAAUAAUGACAGGAAUAUAUGCCACCAACUCCCCAGAGGCUUGCCUUCAUGUGGCCAAUGACUCACGGGCAGACAUCAUUGUGGUGGAAAACCAAAAACAGCUGGACAAAAUCUUGCAGAUACAGAAUAUGCUGCCUCACUUGAAAGCCAUAGUACAGUACCAUGGACCUCUGGAGAAGAAAUUGCCUAACCUCUAUUCAUGGGAGGAGUUUAUGGAGUUAGGACUUCAUGUGCCUGACAAAGAAUUGGAUGAUGUCCUUGCUGUCCAAAAAGCCAAUCAGUGUUGUGUCCUGAUUUACACGUCUGGCACCAUGGGAAUGCCCAAGGGAGUGAUGCUCAGCCAUGACAAUAUCACAUGGACCACCCAUCAUGCCAGCCGAGCAGGAGACAUGCAGCCAGCCGACACCAAGCAGGAAUCCCUUGUUAGCUACCUCCCGCUAAGUCACAUUGCUGCUCAGAUCUACGACUUGUGGACCGGAAUUCAGUGGGGGGAGCUGGUUUACUUUGCACAGCCGGAUGCUUUAAAGGGAAGUCUCAUAAGCACGUUGAGAGAGGUCAGCCCCACCUCCCAUAUGGGCGUUCCACGGGUGUGGGAGAAGAUGAUGGAGAAGAUCAGAGAAGGGAUCUCACAGAGCGGAUAUGUGAAGAAGAAACUGGCCACAUGGGCAAUGUCCGUUAGCCUGGAGGCCAACCAAAACUGGGCCAACAAGAACGAGGAUAAACCUUUCCUUUUCCUUCUGGCUGAUGGUCUGGUUCUGCAGAAACUGAGGGCUGAACUAGGAUUCUCCCGCUGCCUGAAGUUCUUCUCUGGCGCGGCUCCCAUUGCCAGAGAGACGGUAGAGUUCUUCCUGGGUCUCAAUAUCCCGCUAUAUGAGGCCUAUGGCAUGAGCGAGAGCACUGGGCCACACUUCAUGUCAGGCCCCAAAGCCUACAGACUGCAAAGCUGUGGCAAGGUGGUUCCUGGCUGUAAGUUCAAACUGGCGGACACAGAUGCAGUGGGAAUUGGGGAAGUGUGCCUGUGGGGCCGGAACAUCUUCAUGGGCUUCUUGAACAUGGAGGACAAGACCAGAGAGACCCUGGAUGAACAUGGCUGGCUACGCUCAGGGGAUCUGGGGAAAGUGGACGAAGACAAUUUCCUGUACAUCACAGGCCGCAUAAAAGAGCUGAUAAUCACAGCAGGCGGGGAGAAUGUGCCCCCGGUGCCCAUAGAAGAUGCUGUGAAGAAAGAGUUGCCCAUUAUCAGCAAUGCCAUGUUGAUCGGGGACAAAAGGAAAUUUCUAUCCAUGCUUCUGACCCUUAAGUGUGCCUGUAAUGCAGAGACAAUGGAGCCCACAGACGAGCUGAGCCUGGAGGCUGUAGAAUACUGCCAGCACCUCGGCAGCCAGGCCACCAAAGUGUCGGACAUCGUUGGGGGAAAAGACAAGGAGAUCUACCGGUCCAUCCAGGAGGGCAUUGACCACGUCAACUCCAGGGCCAUCUCCAAUGCCCAGCGCAUUCAAAAGUGGGCCGUGCUGGGGAGAGACUUCUCCAUCGCUGGCGGGGAGCUGGGCCCCACGAUGAAACUACGGCGUAGUGUUGUGCUGGAGAUGUAUCAUAAGGAAAUUGAAAGCUUCUACACAGAAUGAGUGCUGUGUGGACAUCUCGAUCACAACUACUUGUUUGAAAGGCAUGUGGGCAUUUGUCUCUUUAACGUUAAUUUAAUCAUCAGUUUCUAUCGUCUCAUUGCUGCUCAAUACCUUUAAAUACUCUGCUGAUUUCACCUUUGUAACUUCUUAAUGUAAUCUGUCAUUUUACCUUUUAAUCUGUCUUUAAUAAUAAUUAGUGCAAACUAGCAUAUGUUUGGUUACUGUUUCAUUAAAAGCAAUUCUUUUUACGCGAAGCCGACAUCAUUAAAAGUGAAGAUAUGC